UGACAAAAGAGUCGUACCAUCAGUCGUACUCGCUGUCACUUGAAGCGGCAUGCUGUUUUGUAUAUUGCAGCAAUAAAGUUUUUGUUAAAACUUUCACAAAUCUUCAAUUAAAACAUCAAAUAAAACGAUCAUGAGCGAUUUGUGAAUAAAAUUGAAUUUGAUGUGCAGCGGUACCUCUUGCUAAUAAUCCACAAAGUUGUAAAUUCCAGCAAAAUCGUUUCAUUCAACAAUUGUUGCAUACAAUAUACGAACCGUCUGUUUGGACUACUUAUUACAGAAAAAUGGCAGCUCUUCAGCAUCGUUCCAAUGCAUUUUUCUCGAAAACAGCUAAGACUCCAACUACAAUUGAUUACAAGACCGCUGACAACAAACAAGCUGUUGCUCCCCGAUUCAUAUUCGAAUGUGCCAUCAAACUGAACAUGAAACCAUUAACAUGUGCAACCGCAGCAGUUAUAUUCCAUCGAUUUUACAGAGAGGUGACCCAGGCUGAAUACGAUGAAUUUUUAAUUGCAUCGUCAUCACUGUACUUAGCCGGUAAGAUAAAGGACGAUCCAAUUAAAAUUCGUGAUAUUAUUAACGUUGCUCACAACACAUUGAAUCGGGGAGCCAGUCCAUUGGAGCUUGGCGAUGAGUAUUGGGCCAUGAGAGAUGGUAUAGUUCAAGCAGAAUUGUUGAUAACGAGAAUGUUGAAAUUCGAUAUGAACGUUGAACAUCCACAUAAGUAUAUGCUACACUAUAUGCUGUCGCUGAAAGAAUGGUUCGGGCCGAACGUUUGGAAUUCGAUGCCCGUUGCAAAAACUGCAGCUUCAUUCCUACAUGAUUUUCAUGCCAGCCCCUACAUAUUAGACUACACUCCAGCAGACAUUGCAAUUUGCUGCUUAUUAUUGACAUUUCAAAUCUAUGGCAUUCAAGUACCGUUGACUGACGAUUUUGAUGACAAUGGCGUUUGGUACAGGGUGUUCUCCAAGAGUUUGACCAAGGAAAUGUCCUGGCAAAUUAUCGAGAAAAUAAUGGACGUCUAUAACAAUGAUAUACAGAACGGUAAUUGAGGCGUGGAUAACGAUCCUCUGCCUCGACACUAUUUUAUGGAGAACUGAUGUAGAAAAACUGGAGUUGGUGUAGAUGCUAAUGACGAUAUUGGUUUACACUUCUCGUUUGUCGUGAUAGCCGGUCAGUUAAGAUACUAAUUAGGUUUUUAUUUACACUUUUUUUUGUAAUUGAAAUUUUGUUUUGAAUCAAGAAUAAAGAUGAAAUGUCGAUGGAAAGCAGGAUUUAAAA